AUGAAUUUUGCGUUUAUCUUUUGCAAUUACAUCAUUUACAGAGACCCGAAUAAUCCAUCAGAUGAGAAAUGGUUCACAUUCGACCAUUCCUAUUGGUCACAUGAUGGCUAUGAAGAAGGAAAGAACGGUUAUCUCUCCCCAGUAGAUGAAAGAUAUGCUGAUCAGAAGCGAGUGUUUGCUGACUUGGGCAAAGGAGUUCUGGAUAAUGCAUGGGCUGGCUACAAUUGCUCAUUAUUCGCUUAUGGCCAAACAGGAAGCGGAAAGAGUUAUUCGAUUGUUGGGUUCAAAGGCAAUAAAGGAAUCGUUCCAACAUUCUGUGAAGAAUUAUUCAAGAAAAUCGAAGAAAAGAAAGAAAAAGGAGGUCAAUUCGAAGUGUUUGUCUCAAUGUUUGAGAUCUACUGUGAGAAGAUAAGAGAUUUGCUUUCGGCGAAAGAACCUCCGAAGGGUGGACUGAAACUACGUGAACAUCCAAAAACAGGAUUUUACGUAGAAAAUCUAUCGAGUUCACCCGUAAAUUCUUACAAAGAGAUCGAAGCCAAAAUGGAAGAAGGAACAAAAAAUCGAACCAUAGCUGCAACGAAUAUGAAUGCAACAAGUAGCAGGGCGCACACAAUUGUAAAGCUGAUAUUUGUCCAAAAAUCACCGAAAACGGGUGGUGGAACGACAACGAAGAAGUCGGAAAUCAAUUUGGUAGACUUGGCUGGCAGUGAACGCCAGAGAGAUGCAGGAACUGAAGGAGAUCGGAUGAAAGAGGGAAUAGUUAUUAAUCAGUCGCUGUCAACAUUGGGAAGAGUGAUCAAAGCUUUGCAUGAACAACAAGGAAGCAAAGGAAAGAAAGUACAGAUUCCAUAUCGCGAUUCGGUUCUCACAUGCUUGCUGAAAAAUGCACUUGGAGGAAAUAGCAAGACAAUAAUGAUAGCUGCAAUAUCACCCGCGGAUAUAAAUUACGAUGAAACUCUCUCGACACUCAGAUCUGCAAAAUUUUGUCUCAUUCCCAGAUUUGCUGAUCGUGCCAAAUCC